AUGCCUUCCUCGACUAUUCCUUCGGAUCAAUUCGAUAGCAUCCCCUCGUGCAUUGAGGCUUUCCGCAAUGGCGAGUUCCUCCUCGUCCUCGACGACCCCGGCCGCGAAAACGAAGGCGACCUGAUCAUUGCCGCCCAGGACGUCACCACUGAGCAGAUGGGCUGGAUGAUUCGCCACUCGUCCGGCUACGUCUGCGUGCCCAUGCCCGCCGACCGCGCCACCGCCCUCAACCUCCCACCCAUGGUCGCCAACACCCAAGACCCGCGCGGCACCGCCUAUACCGUCUCCGUCGACGCCGAGCACCCGCUCACCACCACCGGCAUCAGCGCCCACGACCGCGCCCUCGCCUGCCGCACCCUCGCCGACCCCAAGUCCACCCCCGCCAACCUGCGUCGCCCUGGCCACGUCCUCCCGCUGCGCUCCGUCACCGGCGGCGUCCGCGCUCGCAAUGGCCACACCGAGGCUGCUACCGAAUUCUGCCGCCUGGCGGGCAAGGAGCCGGUCGCAGCUAUUUGCGAGAUUGUUGAGGAUACCGAGGAAGUUCCCGGCCAGGCCAUCCUCCCCGGCGCCAAGAUGAUGACGGGCGAGGGCUGCAUCCGCUUCGCGCGCAGGUGGAAUAUCAAGGUCUGCACCAUUGCCGACCUCGUCACCUACGUCGAGAAGACCGAGGGCAAGUUGGCCACCAACGGCUCUGCUUGA